CGCGAAAACGACAGAACGUAAGUUUCUUUCUUUUUUGCGUAUUUUUAAACAACUGCUUGCUUAAUCAACAUAUUGGAACCAAGGUUUUGACUGCGUGUUUGGGCUGUGUUGUGAUGCUCUGCAGUGAAUGCUACCAGAUACGGUACACGUACCACAAGUGGACUGACUGUGUCUCCUUUUCUGUUAACUGUUGACAAGUGGAGACAAUUUUUACAAGAUCUCAUAGCAGCUGACAUUACAAGUGACUGCUUGCUUCCGAAGAUUGCAUCUGCACCCUCGAGCCAGUCCUGUCACUGACCAGCUGUAGCGGUCGACCCGUCGACUGACCCGGCCACAAUGUACAACGGCGUGGGCCUGGCCACGGCCCGGGGCAGCGGCACCAAUGGCUUCGUUCAGCGCAACUUUGCCCUGGUGCGCAACCAGUCCCAGAAGUUGGACUACAAGUCGGCGGAGGAGGUGGAGAAGCAGGAGGCGCUGCUGCUGCGCCGGCCCAACCAGGAGAUCCUGGCCCACGAGCGCAAGCGGCAGGUGGAGCUCAAGUGCGUGGAGAUGAAGGAGAUUAUGGAAGAGCAGGGGUAUUCGGAAGAAGAGAUCACGCGCAAAGUGGCAGCCUUCCGCAAGAUGCUGAUGAGUAAAGAAGGAGUCAAAGACGAUGACGAACCACUUACAAAGUCACAGCUGACUGAGACGCACCAGUUUGCCCAGGCUAAGGAGAAACAGAAUGCCAAGCUGAGGGAGGCAUUUGGAAUCGGAGACAGCUACGUGGACGGCAGCUCCUUUGACUCGGAGCGGAAGGCCAGGGAGGCGGAAGCUCGCGCCAUGCAGGCCAAGAAAUACGAAAUUUUGCGUGAGCCAAGUGAGUCUCCACCGCCCACCAAGCACAAGAAGAAACGGUCUGGCCGUCAUCGCAGCCGCAAAAAACGGAAAAAUGGAGAAUUUGACAGAUCAGAGAGCACCUCCCCUGUGCGCAAGGAGAAGAAGAAGAAGUCACACAAGAGAAAGAGAGACAGAUCAGGAAAAAAGAGUAAAAAGCACAGGUCCAGUAGUCGUUCCAAACGUAAACAUAAGAAGCACCGAAGCAGAAAGUCCUCUGAUCAUGGGGACAAGAAGAGCCAUCGUCACCGCCAUUACAGCGAUUCGCUGUCUGACUACAGCUCUGACAGCAGCUACUACUCUGACUCCGACAGCGGGAGCUCCCGCAGCCCCUCGCCACGUCGGUCCCGCAGGUCCCGGUCCAACUCCCGCAAGAGGUCCCGCCGGUCCUCGGACAGCCCCACCCGCAAUGGCAGCCACAGGCGGAGGUCACGAUCCCCGACUCCCAGGAAAUCACCGCGGGAGCGGGAUUCAGACCGAUCCCAGCGGCGGAGGGACAUCAGCAGGUCGCCGGCUCGUAGAGGUCGGUCUCGCAGCCCGACCCCUCGUAGACGCUCAAGGAGUCGUAGCAGAACGAGAUCUCGGACUCCGAUUUCCCGACGCCGGUCGCGCUCCCCGAGCUACUCGAGACGCUCCCCAUCGCCGAGUCGCGUCUCCAAGAAUCCUGCUGAUGGCGAAAAGAGGAAGGACUUCUCGCCCAUCCGCAAGCGACGGAACUCCCCGAGCUUUCUGGAUCGCCGGAGGAUAACCAGCGCCCGCAAGCUGCCCAUUCCAUACCAUCGACCAGCAGCCCCCAGCCCCUCCACCAGCGAGAGCUCAUACUUCUCCUAUGACAGCCACUCCUACAGCCGGUCCCCCUCACGGACCCCCUCCCGCAGCCCCACAGGGUCCCGGUCGCGGUCUGGCAGUCGCAGCCGGAGCUACUACAGUCGUAGCAGCUACGAGCGGUGACAGCCGGCCUUUGGUGUGUUUUUUUGUCUUAGCUUUCAUUACCAGACAGAAAAAACUUGGAAAAAACUCAUCUCUGACGUAUGUUUGAAUUGAGAUAGCCAGUUAGCAUUUGGAGAACUUUGAGCGUCGUUUGAAUAUUCAGAGGGAUGAGUUAAUGUUUCCGUGGGCUGGUAAUGUUAUUUUCAUGCUCAAUUUUCUGAAGAAAACAAGUAGUUAUGAGAUGGUUGAAAAAUGCCAUGUUGAAUUGAAAUUAAAGAAAUUGGGCCCACAUUUCUCAGAAUGGGAUGACAUACUUUGGAAUUAAAUGUUUAGGAUGAAUUCUUGACUUGUGCAAGAUGAGAUAGUCUUUUUAUUCUUGCCAAGGUACAAGUUUUGUUUCUUGUGAAAAUUGAGCGUGCAAACUUCAAAUGUGGCAUUGUUUUGAUACCCUGGUGUCUUUCUGAGUUCUGAAUUUGCCAGCAUGGAAUGUGGUUCCUUUGUGCAUUUUAAGCUGUUGGUUUUGAGUGAGUGUGAGAGUUUCUUUUGUUAUUUCUGUUUAAACUUUGAACUCAGAAAGAUGCCACCACAGACCGGGACCUGUGCAAAAAAUAAAGAAAGCCUGAAAUGAAACGUCAGGAUGUAUUCAUGUCAAACAUGCAGCAGAAUAGCAUAGCUGUCAUCUUUUAUUAUUUAUUUAGAGUGUGGGCACGUUAUUGUUGACCAAUUACUGAUACAUUCCUUUCUACACUUUGCUGUGUGAGCAGUGACAUGCUUAUUUGAUUCAGCAGGGGGUACGAAGAGGGGCCUGUCUGUUUAAAAAUGAAAGUUUCCAACUUGCAGCUGCUCUCAGAAGUGACUAAAAAUGACCGGGGUCGUUCUUGUGUUGAGUUGGGUGCGCUGUCUGCCUUUGUCAUACAGGAAGCAUCAGAAAUGCCAAAAUCCAAUAAUAGUAAUUGAUGGAAAAGUGUCGGAAUAAUUUGAAAUUGUAACUUCUAAACUUGGUUAUGGAAAUGUGCUAUACAGUAUGCGGUGUGUUGCAUUCAAAUGAUGGUUUGUUUAGUAACACUUUUCUGGAGAGCAUUUUAGUGUAAAUAAAUUUGGUGACCAUUUUUUCCUUUUAAAAAGAGAAACUUCUGUGAAGUUUAUUAUGUGUAACGUGAACAGGAAAUAUCCAGCAUUUCUUUUGAAUAAACCAGCAACGUUGAUUGUCCAAAAUUUCUUUCCUUUUUCCAAAAGGAAGUUUUUUUGAGGAAAGAAUUUGAGUUCUUUUAGGCAGCUCAAGAAAUAUUUCUGCAAGUCUGUGUAAUUCUAAAAAUGAAAAAUCAAAUCUUGUACAGCGUUUUGAAUGGAUGGUUUUUAUCAGGCUGAGCUUGUUUUUGUCAGCUGGAUGAUUGAGAUGAUUAUGAAGAGAUGACAGUUUUUCAAUGCCGACGCCCUGUCGGUCGCUGCCGUAGGGGUGUAUGGUUGCUACAGUGUAUUAAAGCAAUACCAGAUUGUAAAUAAGAGGCAUAACGUAGUCGACUAGCUUGUAGAGUUCCAUUCCUUUGACCCAAACAUGGACAUAUUGUUAACAGUAUGAAUGGUGGGUUCCUUUUCCUCAGAAUUUUAGCCCAAUAGAAAUUUAAUAAGGGAUUCUUGCUCUGGUUAUCAAGAGUUAGUCACUACCUGCAUUUUACACCCCUUAUUUGAACCCCCCCCAGGUGGGAGGAUGGAUUUUAUUGGAAGUGGGGUAGUUUCGGGACAGAAUUGACAGAAGUGUUUUCCAAAGCCUAAUUCAGGCUAUUUAGGAAAUAAACUGUAAUUUUUGUGGUCUUGCGAACCCCCCUUCUUAGCAUACGAAUUCAUUUCGCCAUCAGCUUGUAUCACUUUUUAGCCCUAACCCCCAUAGGGUGUGUGAAAAAUCAGUUUCAAAUUUGGGGAUUUGAAAAACUUUCAGGGUUUUGUAGCUCAAACAUUUGUAUCAGAUUUCGAAAUAGCCAAAAGGAAAUAUGCCACGUCAAUUUCUCUAAAGCAGACUUGAUUUGCUUUUAUCCGUUCUACCAAUUUGUCAUUUUUAAAGUUUCUUUACAUUUUACUGUAAACAUCACCAUGUAUUUCUUGUCUUUUUUUAUGCUUGUGGAUGUUCUUUUAUCUUUGUAGUGUCUACCCAUUGUAAUAAUCACAAAUGACUUGCAUAAUUAAAUCAGAAUUGAAAUAACA